CUGUUCUCACCCAGCAGACCAUUCGCUGGCUUAAACAGUUCGAAUGACCCCAACACCCCGCUCCUCAUAAGCUACCAGUCUCAGGCUUCUGCAGAGGAGGAGGAUGAAGGUGAGGAGGAAGAAACGGAAGAGCUGGGGCAAACGGAGACCUAUGCAGAAUAUAUACCUUCAAAGUCCAAGAUUGGGAAGCACCACCCCGACCUCGUGGUUGAGACGAGCACUCUGUCCAGCGUCCCCCCGCCUGACAUCACCUACAGCCUGUCCCUGCCGCUCUCCGUUGCCGACAAAGGGUCGCUCUCUGCACUACAGCUGGAAGCAAUCAUUUAUGCCUGCCAGCAACAUGAAGUUUUAUUACCCAAUGGGCAGCGAGCUGGGUUCCUCAUUGGGGACGGUGCUGGAGUUGGAAAGGGCAGGACAGUUGCUGGCAUCAUCUUUGAAAAUUAUCUUAAAGGGAGGAAAAAAGCUCUAUGGUUCAGCGUCUCCAAUGAUCUGAAGUAUGAUGCUGAGAGAGACCUGAAGGACAUUGAAGCCUCCCACAUUCCUGUGCAUGCUUUGAAUAAGAUUAAAUAUGGUGACACAGCUACCUCAGAAGGAGUCCUCUUUGCCACUUACUCUGCGCUGAUUGGUGAAAGCCAGGCAGGCGGACAGCACAGGACACGCUUAAAACAAAUUUUGGACUGGUGCAGGGAAAACUUUGAUGGAGUGAUUGUGUUUGAUGAAUGCCACAAAGCCAAAAAUGCCAGCUCUACUAAAAUGGGCAAAGCAGUGCUGGACCUUCAGAACAAGCUGCCUCAAGCAAGGGUUGUUUAUGCCAGUGCCACAGGUGCCUCUGAGCCAAAAAACAUGAUUUAUAUGAGCCGCCUGGGGAUUUGGGGGGAGGGCACCCCUUUCAGAGCAUUUGAUGAGUUCCUGCAUGCAAUUGAAAAGAGGGGAGUUGGUGCAAUGGAGAUCGUGGCAAUGGAUAUGAAGGUCAGUGGAAUGUACAUUGCCAGGCAGCUCAGUUUCACUGGAGUGACCUUCAGAAUCGAGGAGAUCCCGCUAGAUCAGCAGUACAAGAUUGUCUACGACAAGGCGGCGAAGUUGUGGGCAGAGGCCUUGAUGGUGUUCCAGCAGGCAGCCGACUGGAUUGGCUUGGAGUCUCGGAAAUCCUUGUGGGGUCAGUUCUGGUCAGCUCACCAGCGCUUCUUCAAGUAUCUCUGCAUUGCUGCUAAAGUCCGGCGACUCGUUGAGCUUGCCAGGGAAGAGCUGGCAAAGGAUAAGUGUAUCGUCAUUGGCCUGCAGUCCACUGGGGAGGCUCGCACCAGAGAAGUCCUGGACGAGAACGAUGGGCAUCUAAAUUGUUUUGUCUCUGCUGCAGAAGGCGUCUUUCUAUCACUAAUUCAGAAGCACUUUCCUUCAACCAAAAGAAAGAGAGAAAAAGGAACUGGCAUUAAAAGAAAACGGAAGCAGGGGGGCCGCUGUGCCAAGGCUCUGAAGGGCAUGUGUGACCCUGUGGGUGUGAUCAAGAUCAGCGAUGACAGCAGCACCGACUCCGACAUGGGGCUUGACAGUGACUUCAACUCCUCACCGGAGUCUGUGUUUGAGACAGACGAAGUCAUCUUCGUUGAGCACACCUACAACGGCUUUGCAGCUGAGGACAGAAGUAACUUUCACAUGCUGCCUUCCCAGAAAGAGAUGCAUGGCCCGAGAGAACUAGAACAAGUAGAAAAGAUGAAGCAGGACCUCCUAGCAAAAGUAAAAGCACUGGGCAAAGAGCUACCUCUCAAUACCUUGGAUGAACUGAUCAAUCACUUUGGGGGCCCGGAGCAUGUGGCUGAGAUGACAGGGCGGAAGGGCCGGGUGGUUUGCAGACCGGAUGGCACUGUCAUGUUUGAGUCCCGUGCAGAGCAAGGCCUCUCUAUAGACCACGUCAACCUGAAGGAGAAGGAGCGUUUUAUGAAAGGGGAAAAGCUUGUAGCAAUAAUCUCCGAGGCCUCCAGCUCGGGCAUCUCUCUCCAAGCAGACAGACGAGUGAAAAACCAGAAGCGCCGGGUCCACAUGACGCUGGAGUUGCCCUGGAGUGCAGACCGGGCCAUACAGCAGUUUGGUCGAACACACCGAUCGAACCAGGUUUCUGCCCCAGAGUAUGUCUUCCUUAUCUCUGAGCUGGCAGGGGAGAGGAGGUUUGCAUCCAUCGUGGCAAAACGUCUGGAGAGCCUAGGUGCCUUAACUCACGGAGACCGACGGGCCACUGAAUCCCGAGACCUCAGCAAGUACAACUUUGAGAAUAAGUACGGGGCUAAAGCACUAGACAGAGUUCUCUCCACUAUCCUCAACCACACGGAGAACAAAGUUCCUGUGCCCAAGAGCUAUGACAGAGGAGAGGCUGCCUUUUUCCAUGAAAUGAAGCAAGGUCUCAUCUCUGUGGGGAUCUGCUGCAAUCAGAUGAAGUAUGGCACAGUCUCAGUGGAGAAAGACUGCUCCAUCACCAAGUUCCUGAACCGCAUCCUGGGUCUGGAGGUGGACAAGCAGAACAUGCUUUUCCAGUAUUUUUCUGACACCUUUGACUAUCUAAUUGAAAAGGACAAGAAGGAGGGCAAAUAUGACAUGGGCAUCCUAGAUUUAGCCCCAGGAGUGGAUGAGAUCUAUGAGGAGAGUAAGGAGGUCUUCCUGACUCCUGGGCAUCCACAGGAUGGGCAGGUUGUGUUUUAUAAGAUCAGUGUUGACAGAGGCUUAAAGUGGGAGGAAGCUUAUGAGAAGUCACUCAAACUGACAGGAUCCUUUGAUGGAUUCUACCUCUCCUACAAGAUGCGAGGCUGCAAACACACCUGUCUGCUGGCAGAGCAGAGCCGUGGAAAGAACUUCAUCCUCUACAAGCCAAAUAUUGGGAAGCAAAGCCAGCCUGAGAGCCUGGACAGUCUGCAGAAGAAGUACCGGCGGGUGCUGCCCGAGGAAGCCAAGGAGCACUGGGAGAGCAGUUACCACUUCUCCUUGAAGAACUGUAACCACGCCAUCUGGAACAGGAGCUGCAAGCUGAUCCAGGAGGGGAAGGAGUGCUUCCAGGGCAUGCGCCUGCGUCACUACUACAUGCUGUGUGGGGCCCUGCUGCGGGUCUGGAGCAAGAUCGCAAGCAUCAUGGCAAACAUCACCAACACCAGCUACCUGCAGAUUGUCCGCCUCAAGACCAAGGAGAAGAAGAAACAAGUCGGGAUAAAGAUCCCCGAGAGCUGUGUCCGUAAGGUGCUGGAGGAGCUGAAGCGGAUGGAUGAGAACGUGAAGCGAAAGCACAACCAACUCCUCCAGGCCCAAGAGCAGAGCCCACAGUUCUUCCUGCCGCUGCACAUCCUGCCCCAGCCCCUAGACCACACGCAGAUGGGGCCCGGGGUCUCCCUGCCCAGGCACUCCCAGCACCAGGACGAGAUCCUGGACUUGACCUACAGCCCUCCCAGCAACAGCAUUCCCGAUGUGGUGAUGAACCCAGAGCCCAGUGCGUUGUGCUUCCCCUCGGAGCCCAUUCUCCAGCCACACCAGCAGCAUGGAUUAUCCUUUGGCUUCAGUCACCUUUCUGCCUUCAAGAGCCCGGCCCCCGUCCUGGAGGGGAGUGUGCCUCUGAGCUCCUCGCUGCAUGAACAUCUGCCUCUGCCUCACCCGGGACCCUUGCAGACGCAGCAGCAGCAGCAGGAAGAUUUUGUCCAACAGGAUGGGAAUAUCAAUUUUAGAGAGAUCCUGGAGGACAUGCUAAGGACGUUAAACGGGGCCCCCCAGGAAAACAUGCUCCCCCAGGAGCGCCAGAGCGUGAUCCAGUUCAGUGGGCCUUUCCCGAACUUCUGA